CUGCGAUGCAUUGAUCGUAGCUACUGGCCCCUUAGUUGGGAUCGCGUCAGUUCUGCAGCAUGCCCACAGCAACAGCUUCCAGCAGCGGGCGGCCGAAGCCUUUCUUCCCCAAGACAGAUGCGGUCAUCUUGUCGUCGAAACAUGAGCCCCAGCCAGCUCUCCCGCAGAGCGUCUGGCCCAUCUACGAUCCAGACAAUGCCGAUAAGCCAAUUGAGCCCUGGAAUCCUGAAGUAGAAAAGAAUUAUUAUCCUUCUCAGGACGACGAAUAUGCGCCGUCCACGGCCCCCAAUGCGCCACUGGGCAAUGCCGGGCAAUAUCUGCGCAGCUUUCUAACGGAGAAUGAGAGGCUCAGGACGUCCAUGCUGUGGUACUAUACUCGGGAUAUCCUCAAUGAGCCCGAGUUCCUAUCUGGGCUUCAGCAGAAGGCAAACCUAGCUCAAGAAUCCAGUGGCUGGGACUUUGUCGUAAUCGGCAUUCAAGAUCUCAAUUACUAUAUUCGUCUGGCAACUGUUGGGCUUCCCUUGGCCAUGCAUCCACGCGGAGAGUCUCUUUGUGCACACACAAUUGCUCAGCCUCAUGAUAUUUUCCAUCUGCCUAAUAUGAUGGAGGACUGGAGAUUUAGAGACUGUCCGUAUGCCAAGGCUGCUGGAAUCCGUGCAUAUGCUGGAGCUCCAAUUCGCCUACAAAUGGAGGCUGGGGAGCGCGUCAACAUAGGAAGUCUUACGGUGAUCUCGAAAACAGUCCAAGAACCUUUGACCAAGCUUCAGCAGCAGACGCUUGCUCGGCUGGCUGACUGGGUCGCCGCCGAUAUCGUUCAAUCGGCGAGAGCAAAGCGCCAGCGAGAGCGCCGCCGAAUUUCAGAACUUCUCUCUGCAGCACAGAGCGAGGCAGACAAUACGGGGUCAGAGGAACCGGUUUUGGGGAUAUUGAGAACUACGUACCCGGAUGCGACAAUUACCGUGCAAUCAUGCAAAGACGCUCAUGUCGAGAUUGAAAAUCAUGACCCAAUACCCUUGUCUGACUUGGAAGAUGGGCUGUGGGAAGAUACUGACUAUCUGGAUGAUUUUAUCCAAACUUCAAAUCAAAAGCCUUUCCCAUCAAACAAGGUAGUGCGCGCAAUUGUUGCUCCUUGCGAAACCUUAUCGGGAUCUUCCCUGCUUGUUGUGGCGUCCAAAGAUUUUCGACUAGUGUUUGACGAUGUAGACUCUUGGUUUGUCAAGUCGUGCGCAACCAUGCUCUCUCAGAUAUGGCACAAGAGACUUCUAAAAGAAGCAAUGAAAGCAAAAGAAAAGUUCCUUCGAGGGUUUUCUCACCAGCUUCGAACCCCAAUCCAUGGGAUCCUCGGUUCUGCAGACCUACUAACAGAAGAGCUUGUGUCACAAAAACACCGUGAAAGCAGAAAUAUGGAGCCAUUGCCAGAGAUUAAGCCGGCGGGUGAGCCUGAAGAAUCGAUCAUUUAUCUGGAUACCAUCAAGUCAUCAGGACGAGAUUUGAUUUCCAUAGUCAACAACAUGAUUACGCUAAACAGAUGGGCUGACAUCGCCAUGAAAGACAGACAGUAUGCUUUACACACCGUCUACGAGCUUGAGACAGAGUUAUCCAACGAGAUGCGCAAAGCUAUAUCAGAUGAUACUCGCUACAGGGCCUCUGUUUUCUUUAACCAUGACUCCCAAUUAGACUGUGUCAGCUUCAAAACUGAUCUCGGUCUACUUCGUGAUAGCUUACUUCAGCUUAUCAUCAAUGCCAUACAGAACACUUCAGAAGGCAUCAUAACGGUGACCAUAACUGUACAGCCAGGUCAACAACAACUUGUUGUUGAUAUUGAGGAUACUGGUCGUGGCAUUCACUCAGACGACCAAAAACGUAUAUUCGAGCCUUAUGAAAAGGUUGGAAUGCACUCGACGGGUGCCGGCUUGGGCUUAACUCUCGCUUCCAAUUUUGCAACACUGCUCCACGGAUCUGUCAGUCUAGUAUGGUCAGAAAUCGACCGCGGGUCACAUUUUAGGGCUACCUUCCGGGAGAUGGAGUGUGUUUCUUUACCACCAUCGCAGCCGCUUGUUCAAAAAGUCAAGGCUUUGCCUUCCAAGUUUUGCAAUAUGACGUGCGGCUCGGAUAAUACAUCAUUAUGCAGCAACUUCACUCGUUUUUUGGCUAGGAAUGGUUUUACAUCCUCGGAGAGUUUGGAUGGCUGCUUUGUAGUUUUCGACUAUGUGUCCGGACUGGAGAAGCACCGUUCACACCUAUCUCAAAUCCCAACAGGAAAUGUUGCCAUCUGCCUCGUCCCAGCUUCUGAAGUGAACAUUUGCUUGGAACAACACCCUAGGAACAUAUUUUAUGUCACCGCGCCAUUUUUAACCUCGACAAUGAUCUCGGUACUCAAAGACGCAGAUAAUUAUCUUUCAGAGGCUAAAGCCUCACGUGAAUACAUGUCUCAACUAGCCCUGCUCACUCCACCAGAAACACACAAAGGCCAGAGCACGGAUAAAGAAGACAGGAUUUCAUCUUUCUUCGAUAGACAGAUAACCAACCCACCCGGUGGUAACGAUGGUUUGUUAACGCCGCCAUUUGAUCCCAACACGGAAACGUCUGCGAAAGCAAGCUCUGUUGCUUCAAUUCCCUCAUCUAUCACCAUCUCCAAGCCCAUGGCACUGCUUGUUGACGAUAAUAAUAUCAACCUCCGAAUUCUGCAGAUGUAUUGCACCAAACGAGGUCUUCCAUACUGCUCCGCGACUGAUGGACUACAAGCUGUGGAAGCAUUUGCAAAGCAGCAGUCAUUGGCUGCCAAUGGCGAAGGAACAUGGAUUCAGCUGAUCUUCAUGGACCUCCAAAUGCCGGUAUGCGAUGGUUUUAAGGCGACCCAGCAGAUACGACAGCUGGAAAAGGAGAAUAAGUGGGGAGAAAGCAUUCUCUUCAUUGUGACCGGCCAGGAUAGCCAAUCGGAUAGAACAACUGCGGAGGAAGUUGGUGCUGAUGAGUUCUUAGUAAAACCGGCUCCCGUUAAGGUCCUGGAUCGUAACGUCGUACGACACUUUCCAGCAUUUAAAGUUGGCUGAAACUAUAUAUCUAUGCGGCAGAUGCACACCAACAUAUGCGCGGUGUCCCCCCCCCCGUUCUGCUGCAUUCGGCAUCUUUCACCCACUUAUUACAACAACUUGCAUCUGGUCACUCUACCAAGCGACGUUAAUCUACGUUAAGCAUUGCAAGGAAUUGAUACUUUGACGAGGCCAAACUGCUGAAGCUUUACCUAGUGUUUAUCAACACAGUCGUGCAACAUGAAUUACGAGACAUGAAUUUUUUUUUGAGCGAGUUUUUAUUUAUGUACUAUCAGUUAGUAUAACCUUUCGGUCAUUUAGAUGAUGAAUGCCUUCGAAUGAGCUGGUAUGAAACUAAGACGACGCUGAACUUCGCUUGAAACUAAAUGUACGGAGUACUGAUUUAUUGUAUGCAAGUACUUGAAGAAUGAAGAGCUCUAUUAUGAC